AUGAGUGCAAGGAAGAUGAAAGCUAAAGUGUCAACAACAUUCAACAUAAAUGUGAGUGUGGGGCAAUGCAGAAAUGCAAAGAAAUUUGCAUUACAAGAGAUUGAAGGAAGUUUAAUUGAAAUUAUGGGAGAUUGUGGUCAUAUGGUGAGGAAAUUAUCAGCUGUAAGGGAUGGUUGGUUAGAAGGGUGCAGACCAGUAAUUGGGCUUGAUGGUUGCUUUUUAAAGGGUAUAGUUAGAGGAGAAGUUAUUUCAGCUGUUGGGAGAGAUGCAAACAACCACAUCUACCCUUUAGCAUGGGCUGUGGUAUGUGUUGAGAAUAAAGAAACAUGGAAGUGGUUCAUAGAUUUGCUUAUGGAUGACAUUAAUGGUGGUCUUGGUGCAGGCAUUACCCUUCUUUCUGAUGGACACAAGGGGUUAUUACAAGCAGUUAAGGAAAAAUGUCCAGAAGCUGAACAUAGACAAUGUGCUAGACACAUUCUGGCCAAUUUUAAUAAAAGGUUUACUGGUCAACAAUACAUAAAGUUAUUUUGGAGGGCUGUAAGGGCUAGUACUGUGGAGAAGUUCAAAGGUGUAAUGGAGAACAUCAAAUCUAUUGAUACUCAUGCUUAUGAUUACCUUAUAGACAGAGAUCCUACUACCUGGUCUAAGGCAUUCUUUCAAGAAGGAAGAGACUGUGAUGCAGUGGAGAAUGGGGUCAGUGAGAGUUUCAAUUCUGCUAUUAGGCAUGCUAGAAGGAGACCUAUAAUCACUAUGCUGGAGGAGAUUAGGUUAUUUGUGAUGGAAAGGAUAUACACUCAAAGAGUUGAAGGAAUGGAAUGGGAUUUGCUUAUAUGUCCAACUAUUAGGAAGCGUAUAGAACAUCUGAAGGUUAAACAGAGAUUGUGGGGAGUUACUCCUUGUGGUUAUCAAAAGUAUGAGGUUAGAUUCACUGAUGUUGCAUAUGGAGUGGAUCUAAUUGCAAAGAAGUGUGCCUGUAGAAUAUGGCAACUUACAGGGAUACCAUGCUUACAUGGAGUGGCAGCAAUAUCUUACUUAAAUCAUGAUGUUGAGGCAUAUGUGUCCCAAUCAUACACUACUAAGGCUUACCUAAAAUGCUACAAAUAUAGCAUUAAUCCUCUCAAUAGUAGUGAAAUGUGGCCAGAUGUUCCAUACCAUAAGCCUUUGCCUCCCAAAAGAAAAAGAUUACCUGGUAGGCCAUCUGUGAAAAGGAAGAGGGAUGCAAUUGAACGAGAGUUGAGUGGAUCAAGUAGACAAACUGUCUCAAGAAGGGGUAGCAUAAUAAAGUGUGGUAUAUGUAAGGAACUAGGUCACAACAAGAAAAAGUGUCCAUCUAACCAACAAAGCAAUACAUCAGUACCAAGUUCAUCCAGGGGCAGUGGAGCAGACCCAAGUUUAUCCAGGGGCAAUGAAGGACCACCACCACCUGCAGCCCCCAUGCCAAGAAGAAGGGUCCCAGUUAGUAGAAGUGGAAGGAGGAAAUAUUCUGAACGGAUUAUCAAACAAGCAUUAAGGAGGCAGAUACCUGGGGUUGGGAGCAAUGCAGAUAACCCUUCAGUUAUUGAUUAA